AACUUCUUGAUCAUCGAUGCCAGUGGACAGCUAAAAGCUCUCCUUCGUUUCAUUUCAUCGCGAAACUCCAUUAGCUCCAAAAUCCAUGCUCGCUCUUGCCAUGGCCAAGUGUGUCUCUCGCACUGCGUGGCACUUUUCAUUCGCUUCCAUUGCAAGGUGAUGUUUCGGCGAAUGUACCGUCAGUAACUGAGAAGAGUAUAGAAAUGCUGACUGCUUACUAUGUUCCAAAGGUUGAAGCGCUAAGGUUUCCAGUUGGUUUACUCCAAAGGGUGACGUGAUGCUUUGGAAGUAAAUGGCUUUGACACUUAGCGAAAAUAAGCGUCACGAAUGACUCAUUCCACACUUACGCAGAAGCCGGUCUAAUUGCCAAUAUUCCGUCUCAAUCACAGCCGUUGUUGUUAUUGUUUAUUUAUUUCUUUUAGAACUUCACAAUUCUUUUUUUCUUUCAUGUUUCUACUUUAUUCGUCUCUGUAGGUGACUGGAAUUCUCUAUCCCAUUAUCGUGUGACUCGGCCCCUUAUCUUCGUUAAUAAUCAGCUCACAAUCGUACGCAAUCGUUCCACUGCUUAACACAUCAAACAUAACCUGCGGGUUUCUCGAGCAUUCUUAGUGCUGCUCCGAAGAGCACAAACACUUGUACGUGAAACAAUUCAAACAUCGACUGAUGAGUGCCAUCGACGCUUCAAACUGAUUGCAAGUGAGUUAAAAUUUGUUUAAUUUCAGUCUGCAGUUGAGAGUUAUGUUCCUUCUCCUUUAAAAGUAUAAGUUGCCUGAAUUUGUCUCUUCGGAUCCGUGCAGUCAACAAAGGUUGGGGUAGGCCCGGGUUUAAGGUUUGUUUACAUAAAACUUGUAUGGUGACAGUCAUCACGAGUGAUCGGUUAAUCUUGCUGUAACUACAGAUAGCGUUGAUCGAGUGACACAGACAAAUUUUGUACCGUGCAUCACUUUCAGUGUUAAGAUGGGCUCGCUUGCUGGCCACCUCUUACCCGGUUCGUUGUUUUUAAUCAUUUCCAUGUGGUGGGUUGUAGGUGAUACUCUGCGGAGGAGUCAAAGAAGUAAGCUCACUCAAGGACGCCGAGUUUCAGGUCGCUGUUCCACUUCUCACGAAUCCAAUGCUUACUUUGAUGAUCGUGUGUGGUACGUGUGCCCGGGUGCGACGCUGUCACGUCUCCCAGUCGAGCCUCUAGUAAAAGUGUCUUUUGCAUUGCUGGGUGUGAUAGCGGAGCUCUACGAUGCUGCGACCCUGUUCGACCACAAUGGCAAUUUCGUUCAACAGAACUUGGAUAAUUACGCGCAUUCAGCCAUGUACGGCUUUUUUGGCUUAAGCGGUGCCGUAGAUCUAGUGAUCUGGUAUAACCUUUUACCACUUCCUCUGAAAUUUGACUACUUUGUGUUCUCCUUGGCCUUCUGGAUCGAGGGAUUUUUAUUUUUCUUCCAUCUUCAUGGACGCGAUGAGUUAAACGUACGCUUGCACGUCAUUCUUUACAUUUUAGUGUUCCUCAGUGCUUUUGUUUUCUUCAUAGCAGCGAUUUCUGACCAGUUCUUUCACUUUGUGGCUUUUUUGAAGUGUUAUUUAGUGAGCUUACAAGGAAGUUGGUUUUUCCAAGCUGGCUUAGUCCUUUUUGGACCAAAUCCUUGGAAAAACUCUCCAAGUAAUGUAGAAUUUUUGGGAAUUGCAUUUGCAUUUCACGCGCUGUUUUGGUUCAUUUUUCAUCUGACCUUUCGCAUCUUUAGCUACAAAUGUUGCUGUGAGAAAAAGCGGCUGGGAGAACCUAUCUACGAGGAAACUCCAGGCGAGGAAUAUGACUGAGACAAAUUGAGCUUAGAAGAACUUCAGAGGAAAGAAUUGGGCGUUUUCAACUUGUUGACUUGAAAAAUUGCGUUUGAAAUCCUACUCGGAACUAAUUUCAGACUGAUUAUUGUCAUUAUUUACAUACCAUUUUCGGUCUAUUCACUAAUUAGGUAUUUAUUAAUUGAUAGUUUAAUUGAUGCAGGUCCACAUCAGGACGUAAUGUCUUGCCUAUCCCUCAACCUGCUU